CAAACGUGCGUGAAAAACAAGCCGGAUUGGAACAUCAUUUUUGCGGCAGCACGAGAAAAAGUUUAAUUUUGAAGUAAAAUUUGCCCGUUCAGCCGGUGAAAAUAGUGCAAAACCAUGGCUGACGCAGCAGCUCGGCAGCUGCAGUACGAGUACAAAGCGAACUCGAACUUGGUGCUGCAGGCGGAUGUGCGGUUGAUUGAGCGUCCGCGGCGGGAUGAAGCUACCGGGGAGGUGUUGUCGCUGGUGGGCAAGUUGGACGGGACUAAGAUGGGCGAUCGGCACCAGCGGACCAAGCCGGAAAAGACGGAGGAGCGGAAGGCCAAGCGGCAGAAGCGAGACGAGGCGCAGUACGAUUUUAACAGCAUGAAGGGCGCGACGCUGCUGUCGGAGGGGAUUGAUGAGAUGGUCGGGAUUGUGUAUCGGCCGAAGACGCAGGAAACGCGGCAGACUUAUGAGGUGUUACUCAGUUUUAUUCAGGAAGCGAUUGGAGAUCAACCGAGGGAUAUUUUGUGCGGGGCGGCCGAUGAGAUUUUGGCGGUGCUGAAGAAUGAUAAGCUGAAGGAUCGCGAAAGGAAGCGCGAGAUUGAUGGGUUGCUCGGGACGGUCACGGAUGAGCGGUUCGCGUUGUUGGUUAAUUUGGGGAAGAAGAUUACCGACUUUGGGACGGAUUCGGCUGUCGCUGCGGGGGCGGGAGCUGGGGUGACCACCGACGAGCAUAUUGAUGAAACGUACGGGAUAAAUGUGCAGUUUGAAGAGUCGGAGGAGGAGAGCGACGAGGAUAAGUACGGAGAGAUCCGGGACGAUGACGUGUUGGACGAGGGGGAGGAGGCGCGUGACGACGGAAUGUUGCACGCGGAAAACCUCGGUGGAAACGAGGAAGGCAAGAAGGAGAAGGCACUCGACCCGCGGGACAUUGACGCUUAUUGGUUGCAGCGAUCACUUCGAAAGUAUUACAACGAUUCGGUCAUGUCCCAGGCGAAGGCUGCGGAGGUGAUGAACAUCUUCAAGAGUGCUGCCGACGACCGGGAGUGCGAGAGUCAGCUGGUCAAUCUGCUUGGGUUUGACUGUUUCGAUUUCCUCAAGUUGAUCAAGAAGAACCGGCAGAUGAUUCUGUACUGUACGAUGCUGGCUUCGUCGCAGAGCGAAAGCGAACGGGUCAAGAUUCGCGAAAAGAUGAAGGCUGAUCCGUUUCUGGCGAAGAUUUUGCGCCAACUGGACACGGGCAAGCAGGAGGUGGAUGAUUACGAUAGUGAAAAGAGCAAGAUGCAACGCCGUCGGAAGGAACAGGACGACGACAAUAUGGAGGGCAUCGGUGGACAAAUUCCUGGCAGUCGAACUGUGCUGGAAUUGGACGAACUCGCGUUCACCCAAGGCUCCCACCUGAUGGCCAACAAACGGUGCCAGCUGCCCGACGGAAGUUUCCGCAAACAGCGCAAAGGUUACGAAGAAGUGCACGUGCCGGCGUUGAAGCCGAAACCCUUCGAAGAGGAAGAGGAACUGAUGGUCAUCGAGAAGCUGCCCAAGUACGUGCAGCCCGUGUUCGCCGGCUUCAAAACGCUCAACCGAAUCCAGAGUCGUCUGUACAAGACGGCCCUCGAGAGCGAUGAGAAUCUACUGCUGUGCGCCCCGACCGGUGCCGGUAAAACGAACGUGGCCCUGCUCACCAUGAUGCGCGAGAUCGGCAAGCACAUCAACGACGACGGAACGAUCAACGUGGACGAGUUCAAGAUCAUCUACAUUGCGCCGAUGCGGUCGCUCGUACAGGAAAUGGUCGGCAACUUUGGCAAACGCCUCGCCACGUACAAUCUGACCGUGUCCGAGUUGACCGGAGAUCACCAGCUGAGUCGGGAGCAGAUUGCCGCCACGCAGGUCAUCGUGUGCACGCCGGAAAAGUGGGACAUCAUCACGAGAAAGGGCGGCGAAAAAACGUACACCCAGCUGGUUCGGUUGGUCAUCAUCGACGAAAUCCAUCUGCUGCACGACGAGCGUGGUCCGGUGCUGGAAUCGCUGGUCGCACGAACGAUCCGUAACAUUGAAACCACCCAGGAAGAUGUCCGCCUGGUUGGACUGUCCGCCACCCUUCCAAACUACCAAGACGUGGCGACGUUCCUGCGAGUGCGACCAGAAACCGGUCUGUUCUACUUUGACAACAGCUACCGGCCGGUCGCCCUGGAGCAGCAGUACAUUGGCGUGACGGAGAAGAAGGCGCUCAAGCGGUUCCAGGUCAUGAACGACAUCGUGUACGAGAAGGUGAUGGAACACGCCGGCAAGAACCAGGUGCUGGUGUUUGUGCACUCGCGCAAGGAAACGGGGAAGACGGCGCGCGCCAUCCGGGACAUGUGCCUGGAGAAGGACACGCUCGGGAGCUUCUUGCGGGAAGGUUCCGCCAGUAUGGAGGUGUUGCGCUCCGAAGCGGAGCAGGUGAAGAACGGUGAGCUGAAGGACUUGCUUCCGUACGGGUUUGCGAUCCAUCACGCCGGGAUGACGCGAGUUGAUCGUACGCUGGUUGAAGAUCUGUUCGCCGAUCGGCACAUUCAGGUGCUGGUUUCGACGGCCACUCUUGCGUGGGGUGUGAAUCUCCCGGCGCACACCGUCAUCAUCAAGGGAACGCAGGUUUACAACCCGGAAAAGGGACGCUGGGUCGAGUUGGGCGCGUUGGACGUGCUGCAGAUGUUGGGUCGUGCGGGUCGUCCCCAGUACGACACAAAAGGCGAGGGAAUCCUCAUCACCAACCAUAGCGAGCUGCAGUUCUACCUGUCGCUGCUGAACCAACAACUCCCCAUCGAGUCGCAACUCAUCUCCAAAAUGCCCGACAUGUUGAACGCCGAAAUCGUGCUCGGUACGAUCCAGAACGUCAAGGACGCCGUCACCUGGCUCGGGUACACGUACCUGUACAUCCGGAUGCUCCGCCAACCGACGCUGUACGGCGUGUCGUACGACGCCAUCAAGGAGGACCCACUGCUGGAGCACUUCCGCGCCAAUCUGGUCCACACCGCAGCUCUGCACCUCGAGAAGAGUGGCCUCAUCAAGUACGACCGCAAAAGCGGUCACUUCCAGGUCACCGAAAUCGGUCGAAUCGCCUCCCACUACUACUGCACGCACGACACCAUGCUCACGUACAAUCAGCUGCUCAAGCCAACCCUCAGCGAGAUUGAACUGUUCCGCGUGUUUUCCCUGUCCGGCGAGUUCCGCAACAUCACAGUUCGCGAGGAGGAGAAACUCGAGCUGCAAAAGCUGAUGGAGCGCGUCCCGAUCCCGAUCAAGGAAAGCAUGGAGGAACCCAGCGCCAAGGUCAACGUCCUCCUGCAAGCCUACAUCUCCCAGCUGAAGCUCGAGGGCUUCGCCCUGAUGGCCGACAUGGUGUACGUGACCCAGUCCGCGUCCCGUCUGCUGCGUGCCAUCUUCGAGAUUGUCCUGCACCGGGAGUGGGCCCAACUGGCGGACAAGUGCCUCACGCUGUGCAAGAUGAUCGAUCGGCGCAUGUGGCAGAGCAUGUCCCCGUUGCGUCAGUUCCGCAAGAUGCCCGAGGAGAUCGUGAAGAAGAUCGAGAAGAAGAACUUCCCGUGGGAGCGGCUGUACGAUCUGGAGGCGAACGAGAUCGGAGAGUUGAUUCGCGUGCCGAAGCUGGGCAAGACCAUCUACAAGUACGUGCACCAGUUCCCGAAGCUGGAGCUGUCCACGCACAUUCAACCGAUUACUCGGUCUACGCUGCGCGUCGAGUUGACCAUCACGCCGGACUUCCAGUGGGACGAGAAGGUUCACGGCCAGUCGGAGGCGUUCUGGAUUUUGGUUGAGGACGUCGACUCCGAGGUGAUCCUGCACCACGAGUACUUCCUGCUCAAGUACAAGUACUGCCAGGACGACCACCUGGUGAAGUUCUUCGUGCCGGUGUUUGAACCGUUGCCACCGCAGUACUUCCUGCGCAUCGUGUCCGACCGGUGGAUUGGCGCCGAGACGCAACUGCCGGUUUCGUUCCGCCACCUGAUUCUACCGGAGAAGAACCUGCCGCCGACGGAGCUGCUCGAUUUGCAGCCGCUGCCGAUCAGUGCGCUGCGCGAGCCACGCUUCGAAGAGCUGUACGCGGACCGGUUCCCGCAGUUUAACCCGAUCCAGACGCAGGUCUUCAACGCGGUGUACAACAGCGAGGACAAUGUGUUUGUGGGUGCGCCAACCGGGUCGGGCAAGACGACGAUCGCGGAGUUUGCCGUGCUGCGAAUGUUGCAGCAGAAUCCGCACGGUCGGGUUGUCUAUUUGGUCUCGAGGGACGCGCUGGCCGAGCUGAUCUUCAUGGAUUGGCACCAGAAGUUUGGCCAGAACUUGGGCUGCAAGGUGGUCAAGUUGACGGGGGAAACCGGAACGGACUUGAAGCUGAUUGCCAAGGGACAGAUCAUCGUGACCACGGCAGACAAGUGGGACAUUUUGUCUCGGCGUUGGAAGCAGAGGAAGAACGUCCAGAACAUCCAGCUGUUUAUUGUGGACGAGCUGCAGCUGAUUGGUGGUGAGGAAGGACCUGUGUUGGAGGUCGUCUGCUCCCGUAUGCGGUACAUUUCGUCCCAGAUUGAGAAGCAGAUUCGGAUCAUCGCCCUGUCGGCAUCGCUGUCGGACGCCCGGGACGUAGCUCAAUGGCUGGGUUGUAACGCGAAUGCGACCUUCAACUUCCACCCGAGCGUGCGGCCAAUCCCGCUGGAACUGCACGUGCAGGGAUUCAACAUUACGCACAACGCGUCCCGCAUUGCGGCCAUGUCGAAGCCGGUGUACAACGCCGUAACCAAGUUCAGUCCGCACAAACCGGUGAUUGUGUUUGUGAGCUCGCGGAAGUUGGCUCGAUUGACGGCGAUUGAUAUUUUGACGUACUGCGCGGCAGAAGCUCAACCGAAUCGGUUCUUCCACGCCGAAGAGGAGGACAUUAAGCCGUUCCUGGAUCGCAUGACGGAUAAAACGCUGAAGGAGACCCUCUCGCAAGGGGUUGCGUACAUCCACGAAGGCCUGACGGCGUCAGAUCAUCGCAUCGUGGAGCAGUUGUUCGAUUCCGGGGCGGUGCAGAUUGCCGUCGUCACGCGGGAUCUGUGCUGGGGUUUGAACAUUUCCGCCUACCUGGUGGUCAUCAUGGACACGCAGUUCUACAACGGUAAGAGUCACUCGUACGACGACUACCCUGUUACGGAUGUCAUGCAGAUGGUGGGACGGGCCAAUCGUCCGCUGGAGGAUGACGACGCCAAGUGCGUGCUGAUGUGUCAGAGCUCCAAAAAGGAUUUCUUCAAAAAGUUCCUCAACGAAAGUCUACCGGUGGAAAGCCAUCUAGAUCAUCGUAUGCACGAUCACUUCAACGCGGAGAUCGUCACCAAAACCAUCGAAAACAAACAGGACGCCGUUGAUUACCUUACCUGGACGUUCCUGUACCGGCGGCUCACCCAGAACCCCAACUACUACAACCUGCAGGGCGUCACCCACCGACACCUGUCCGAUCACCUGUCCGAACUGGUCGAGUCGACCCUCUCCGACCUGGAGCAGUCCAAGUGCAUCAGCGUGGAGGACGAGAUGGACACGCUGCCGCUGAAUCUGGGCAUGAUCGCGGCGUACUACUACAUCAACUACACCACGAUCGAGCUGUUCAGCUUGUCGCUGAACGCCAAGACCAAGAUCCGCGGCCUGCUGGAGAUCAUCUCGUCGGCGGCCGAGUACGAGGACGUGGUCGUGCGUCACCACGAGGACAACAUUCUGAAGAGUUUGGCCGCGCGGUUGCCGAACAAGCUGACCGGUCCGAACGGAACCGCUCCCAAAUACAACGACCCCCACAUCAAGACGAACCUGCUGCUGCAGGCGCACCUCUCCCGCCUCCAGCUCGGCGCCGAACUCCAGGGCGACACCGAGCAGAUCCUCGGCAAGGCGAUCCGCCUCAUCCAGGCCUGCGUGGACGUGCUCAGCUCGAACGGGUGGCUCUCGCCGGCCGUCGCCGCCAUGGAGCUCGCCCAGAUGGUGACGCAGGCCAUGUGGAGCAAGGACUCGUACCUGAAGCAGCUGCCGCACUUUAACGCCGACAUUGUGAAGCGCUGCCAGGAGAAGAACAUCGAAACCGUGUUCGACAUCAUGGAGCUGGACGACGAGGACCGCAUCCGGCUGCUGCAGCUCAACGAUCAGCAAAUGUCGGACGUGGCACGGUUCUGCAACCGCUACCCCAACAUCGAGAUGACGUUCGAGGUCGUCGACAAGGACCGCAUCCACUCGGGCUCGUCCGUCAACGUGGUGGUCAACCUGGAGCGGGAGGAUGACGUCACCGGACCGGUCAUUGCGCCGUUCUUCCCACAGAAACGCGAGGAGGGCUGGUGGGUGGUGAUCGGCGACCCGAAGACGAACUCGCUGCUCUCGAUCAAGCGGCUGACGCUCCAGCAGAAGGCCAAGGUCAAGCUGGACUUUGUGGCGCCCAGCCCGGGCCACCACGACUACACGCUGUACUACAUGAGCGACUCGUACCUGGGCUGCGACCAGGAGUACAAGUUCAACAUCAACGUCGGCGACUUCCAGUCGGAGAGCGAGAGCGAGUCGGAUUAGGAUUGAUCGGGUGUUCCCGAUCCUUGCCGAUCAUUGGUUGGCUCCCAGUUCUACACCCAAACAUCGCCGCUGCAUUAUAACAAGAGCAAGAGACAUUAGCUAGUGAGAGAGAGAGAGCGUGGAGAGCCAGUGCGACCGAAGACACGGCGAGUUUCAAUUUAUUACCAGCAGCUCGGGCCCGACUCGACCUCAGUCUUCGAUAACCGGUCGAAGCUUAUGGACGUGUUUCUUCUACUCUAGUUAAAAAUCUUAAGCCAGUCUGUCAUCACAACAAAAGAAGAAGCAACUUGCAAUUGGCAGCAUCACAGUUUUUUUUUAUAAGGAAGUAAUUUAAUUUAGUAAUCACAACUAAUCUGUAAAGCAAGCAAAGAGGAAACCGGCAACAAUCUUCCUUACAACGAUCCAUACAAA